AUGCUGCUGCUCCCGCUGCUGCUACUCGGGGCGGCCGCAGGCCCCUGUCUCCACCGCGAGGCUCAGGAGUCUGUGCGCCUGCUCAGAGCCCCUUUCCCCAGCCGGCCCCGGGUUGCCCGCUCGGCCUCCCUUACAUCUUCUGGGCCCCGGGCCCUGCACCCCCUCCGCAUCCACACCUGCUACCUUGGGGAUCCAGCUUUCGACAGAGCAGGGGGACCCCAGGCCAGGGGACCAGCCCGGGCCCUGGCCGCAGUGAGAGAGGCCGCCCAGCAACUCCAGGGGGUCCUGGCAGUGUCUCCAGUGCCAGGCCCUCUGCUCCUGAGCCGGGACCCCGCACAGUACUGCCGCGCGGUCUGGGGAGACCCUGAGACCCCCAACUUCCACCGGUGCAGCCUCUUGAACCCAACGUACAAGGGAGAAAGUUGUCUGGGGGCAAAGAUCCCGGAUGCCCAUCUCAGAGGCUUUGCCUUGUGGCCGGAGGAGGGUCCCCCACAGCUGGCUCAGCCAGACGGGCCUGGGAUCCCAGACACUGAUUUUCUCUUGUAUGUGCGGGUUGCCUACACUUUUAAGUGCCACCAAGAGCCUUCGGUCAUUGCCUAUGCUGCCUGCUGCCAGCUGGACCCCGACGACAGGCCCCUGGCCGGCACCAUUGUCUUCUGCGCCCCACAUCUCACCAGCGCCCGCCUCAGUCACAGGGACAUCGUCACGGCCACGUUGCACGAGUUGCUCCAUGCCCUGGGCUUCUCUGGACGGCUCUUCAAGAAGUGGCGGGAUUGCCCAUCAGGGCCUAGCGCUAGAGAGAACUGUUCCACCAGGCGUCAGGUGACAAGGCGAGACAAGUGGGGCCAGCUGCUUCUCACCACCCCGAAGGCCAGCCACACCCUGGCCAGGCACCUGGGAGUGCGGGAGCUUCCCCUGGGCGUCCCCUUGGAAGAUGAGGGCCCCCUGUCUUCACACUGGGAGGCCCGGCUUCUUCAGGGUUCUAUCAUGACUGCUACCUUCGACGGAGCCCACAGAACUCGACUUGAUCCCAUCACUCUCGCCGCCUUCCAAGACUCCGGCUGGUACCAAGUCAACCACAGCGCUGCAGAAGAGCUACUGUGGGGCCAGGGCGCUGGCCUGGAAUUCGGCCUGGUGACCACCUGUGGGACAGGCCCCUCAAACUACUUCUGCACUGGCAGUGGGCUGGGCUGCCACUACCUGCACCUGGACAAGGGCCGCUGCUCCUCGGACCCCCUGCUGGAAGGUUGCCGAAUGUACAAGCCCUUGGCCAGUGGGAGCGAGUGCUGGAAAAGAGAGAAUGGAUUCCCAGCUGGGGCCCAGAAUCCCCAUGGGGAGAUCCACCACUGGCAGAGCCGCUGCUUCCUUGCCAAUGUCACUUCACAACGGCUCCCUGAGGACAAGGCCGGUGGCCCAAAGGAAGCCCCGCCCACAGGCCGCUGCUACUUACAUCAGUGCAAGGAGCAUGGAGCAUACGACGUGCAGGUGGCAGGAGCCCCUUGGACCCCCUGCCUUCCAGGACAGGUGAUCCAGAUACCUGGGUACAAUGGUCUUCUCAUCUGUCCCCGGGAUCGGCUCUGUCGGAGCAAUGCCAGGACCAAUGCUGUUACUGUCCCACCUGCACGUCUUCCCACCCGAGACCGACUGUUGGAGCUGUCUGGAUUAGCUGGGCCCCCGGGCCUCUCCCUGGGGGAGGAAGAGCGACAGCUGAGUACCACAGUCCUACCGGCUGUGGCAAGCACAGGUGGCGCUGGCAGGUUUCUGGCUACCUCAGACCAUGACCACAAUUCUGCCAUGACUCAUGGAGCACUGUCCACAGGACUUUGCCUAAUGCUGGUUGUCCUGGUGGGUGCACUGGGAACCAGGGCCUGCCGGGAGCGAGGUGCUCCUCGGGUGGGGCCCUCUCCCCCUAACCACUCCCCAGAGCUCCCAGACACCAAGAUCCAAGUGGAGGAGGAAGGUCGGAGGGAUGCUGCCCAGAACAGAAUGGGAUAG